CCCAUUUCGAGUACAGUGUCACAUCUAACAUGCUACGUAUCGGUUUGCGUCUUCCGGUGCUAGGUCCGCGUCUAGCACCGGCGGCAGCGACCGCCAUCUCGCCGUAUCUAUCUUGCGUGCGCUUCAAGCGCUCAGCAGCGAAAUCUGGUCGCGUUAGCGCCGCUAGUGGCUCCGAUCGCAGCGCGGCAUUGACGAUGGCAAUCCGCCAGAUCGAGAGCAGCUUCGGCAAGGGUGCCGUCAUGCAGUUGGGCUCAACUAAGACUGCGGAGCGCGUGGACGUCAUCUCGUCCGGCUCCUUGUCACUGGACUUGGCUCUAGGUACCGGUGGCAUCCCUAGAGGACGUGUGGUGGAGAUCUACGGUCCCGAGAGCUCUGGCAAGACGACACUGGCAUUGAGCUGCAUCGCGGAGGCUCAGAAGACCGAGGGUGGAGUGUGUGCGUUCAUUGAUGCAGAGCACGCCAUUGACGCCCACUACGCCAAGGCUUUGGGGGUGGACAUCGACGCCCUUUACGUCUCCCAGCCAGACUCUGGAGAAGAAGCUCUGGAGAUUGCGGACACGCUCAUCCGGUCGGGAGCUGUGGACCUCGUGGUGCUGGACAGUGUGGCGGCUCUGGUACCACGUGCGGAGCUUGAGGGCGAAAUGGGAGACCAGCAGAUUGCUCUCCAGGCGCGGCUUAUGAGCCAGGCGCUGCGUAAGCUGACGGGGUCGCUGUCAAAGUCCAACUGCACCAUCAUCUUCCUGAACCAGAUUCGUCAAAAAGUGGGCAUCAUCUUUGGAUCACCCGAGGUGACGUCGGGUGGCACUGCGUUGCGCUACUACGCGUCAGUGCGGCUGGAUAUUCGUCGAAAGACUGCGAUCAAGGAAGGUGACCAGGUUGUUGGCAACGAGACUGCGGUGAAAGUAGCCAAGAACAAGCUGGCUUCUCCCUUCAAGGUGGCGACUUUCGACAUGAUGUUCGGUCGUGGUAUUGAUCGACAGUCCGAGUUGCUUGACUUGGGUGUGCAGCACGGUCUGCUGAAGCGGUCAGGCGCGUGGUACAGUCUGGCUGGAAGUGAUGAACCCAUCGCUCAGGGCAAGGCGAAGGCGAAGGUAUUCCUACAGGAGAACCCUGAAAUCUCGAAGGAUCUCGAAGCGAAGUUGCGUCGGAUGCUCUUCGAGCCAACCGAGGCUGACGAGAAAGCCGACGAAGGUGUAGGAGUUGAAAGUGAAGGCGAGGACGAGGCCACUUCAGCUGAAGCAGUUGAUGGUGUUGACUCGGACAGUAGCAAUGAAGACGAGAAGGUCACGGGAUAAGAGACAAACAACACGCAUCGCUAUAAAACGU